GGAUUCCAGAGAAAUGGCCGCUUAUCCGCACAUCAUCGCAGCUCCGAAUGAGAACAAAAUUCCUUUCCCUGUUCACGUCAGUCUGUCAAAAGUUCAGUUCUGUAAAGAAUAUGGAUCAAGAUUGUUGGCAGCUUCUGGAUGGGAUGGUACUGUUCAUCUAUAUCUUCUUGGAAAUAAUGGCCACUCUGAGGAGAAGCGCUAUUAUUACCAUGGGAAGCCUGUUCUGGCAUGCACUUUCACCGGCGGUAAUAGAGUUGCUAGUGGCGGUCUUGAUCAAAUCGUCAAGCUAGUCGACAUUGAGACAGGGCGAGAAGUGAACAUGGGUGCUCACAGCGGUGGGAUACGAUGUAUGGAAUAUCACGAUAGACUCAACGCAGUUGUGACCGGAAGCUGGGAUUCUACGGUCAAACUCUGGGACUCACGGUCUACAACUCCUGGUGGUCCUAUGCAAAGCGUACAAGUUGGAGAGCGCGUCUACGCAAUGGACGUUCUCGGGGAGAAACUAGUCGUUGGAACUCGUGACAGAAAAAUACAGCUCUUUGAUAUGCGCAACCUUGGCAGUGCAGAACAAGUUCGGGACAGUCCACUCAAGUACCAAACUCGUGCUGCCGCUUUCUUCCCAACUGGAGACGCAUUCGUGGUUUCAUCGAUUGAGGGCCGCGUUGCUAUCGAAUACGUGGAUCCUUCACCCGAAGAACAAAAGAAGAAAUAUGCAUUCAAGUGUCACAGAAGCAAAGAAGAUGGUGUCGAGCGUAUCUAUCCUGUAAAUGCUCUAGCUUUCCAUCCUAUCAAUGGUACAUUCGCUACUGGUGGCUCUGAUGCCAUGGUGAACUUGUGGGAUCCUUUCAACCGAAAGAGGCUAGUGCAGCUGCACAGGUUCCAAACAUCGAUAAUUUCGCUUUCAUUCAACUUCGAUGGAUCGCAGCUGGCUAUCGCCUCAUCGUUUGCCUUUGAAUAUGAGCCAGCUCCAAACCCAAUGCCAGAGAAUACAGUAACUGCUAAGAAUGAAAUUGAUGAUUUGAAAAAGGACAAGAAAUAUGAGAUCGAUGGAGUCGAAAAUCUUGGUCCAGUGGAGGCGAAAGUCUUCACGUGUUCGUAUUCGUUCGAUUUCAGUGCAUACUUCCUGGAAACUGAUUAG